GUUGACACACUCCACUCACCAACGUCGAGUUGCAUAACGCUCCUUCUCUAGUUCUCUUCCCUUCCAAAUUUCUCCAAUUCCCAUGGCAGCGGUUCCAAUCCCAAUCCCAGUCGCAAACAGGGUACCCCUACGCCCACGUGGACCCUCACCCACACUCGUUAAGAUGCUCAAAAUCUCCGUCAACGUGUUCUUCGCCGCCAUAGUUUCCUUGAUCGUUGUCGCUGUCAUCGCCGACAUCAUCAUUCUCUGGGUCGUCAUCAAACCCCACUUCCCUCUCUUCCAUCUGAACGCCGUUGACGUGUCAUCACUAAACACCACCAUCACCAACUCUUCGACGUUAACGGCGACGUUCGACGUCUCCGUUUACAUACGAAAUCCGAAUCCCAAUCUCGGCAUAUCCUACGACAGCCUCGAGGUGGUGGGCUGGUUCAACCACCACCGCAUCGGCUCGGGCUCCAUCAGCCCACGCUGGCAAGAGCCCAUGACCGAGGGCUCGGUCCAGGCCCGGUUCGAGGUGGCCCACAAGGUGUUUCCGAGCGGUUUGGUGAAGGGCAUCGCUGCGCAACGGGCUCGUGGUACGGUCGAUUUUGGAGUGGCGAUUGUGACUAGUAUUAGGUUUUGGUGGCAUGGCAUCGUGCGCACUAGGAUUCGCUCUUUCAGGCUCGAGUGUUACCCUCUGAGCCUUGUUUUCCCUCCCGACAAGAACAAAAGCAGCGACAUCGGAAGGUUGCUCGCUCCUUCAGAUUGUUAUGUGACUUGAUUUGUAGCUGGCUUUAUGUAAUUAGCACUGGGGUGUGCUUUGUACAUUGUUGUCAUUAACCCUAUUUAUAAUA